AUGAAAUAUAAUCUCAGUAAAAUGGUGGUCAUUUACUAAGAUUUUUUCAGUGGGCUUUUUGGAGGAUCCCGAGAAGUUGCAUCGAGUGGCUUUGUUUAAUUUUCCCACAUUUGUGCACUUUCACAGAUAUUAAACAGUUAAUAAACCACCAUUAUUACACAUGUAAACUCGAAAAACACUAAAUAGACAAAAUAACACAAAUCACACAACUUUACUCCUCGCGUUCCCGCCAAAAAGUCCAUCUAAAUAUUAUUUUUUUUAAGGGAUUUUAUGAUCUGGUAACUAAGACCUUUAAGUCAUGUCUUAUUUUAAUUUAUAUUCUUAUUUUUAUGAAAAAUGAUAAUAUGGAGAUACAUGAAAUGAAAUGAAGAUGAUUAAUUUGAGAAAUUAAUCAACUGAGAUGAAAUUAAAUGAAAUGUGGUGAUAUGGGAUGAAAUAUAAUCUCAGUAAAAUGGUGGUCAUUUACUGAGAUUUUUUCAGUAGACUUUUUGGAGGAACCCGAGAAGUUACGUCCAGCAGCUUUGUUUCAUUUUCCCACUUUUGUGCACUUUUACAGAUGAGUCGACUAUUAUCAAAGCCGGCAAUCUGACUUUUGGACAAUGAUUGGUAAAUCAGAAAAACGAAUUAUUGACUUUGUAUUCCAUUGGCAGUCACAAAACUCUUCGGAACGACAUCUUAGAUAAAUAACAGGUUAACUAUUAACCUUUAUUUAAUGCAGGUUUUGAACCGUAUUCUUUGAAGGAGACGAUUAUAUUCAAAUCAAUCUGAAUUGACAUACCAAUAAAUUUUUUUUGUCCAAAUGCACAGAUUGCCACCUUUGAUAAUAGACGACUCAGAUAUUAAACAGUUAAUAAACCACCGUUAUUACACAUUUAAACCUGAAGAAACACUAAAUAGACAAAAUAAAACAAAUCACACCACUUCACUCCUCGCGUUCCCGCCAAAAAGUCCAUCUAAAUAUUUCAAUUUGUUUAGGCACAGAUUAAAAAAUUCACAUAGGUUAUACUUUUUGAGUUCUUGUGGUAACAUUGUAAUUCCAGGUAAAGCAAAAUGCUGGAACGUCACAAAAACGACUGAUUCUGAUUGGCUGGAUAUCACGCCAUGCCUAUAUUUGUACGAUGAGAUCAUCCUUCAAUUCUGUGAUUGUACAAUGUUGAACGUUGAACGAUACGUCCAAACAGUAACAAAAAACUUGAUAAAGUUAGGCGGUUACACCUUUUCGAAACACUUCUCGAAAAAUUCAGAGAGAGAAGGGCAUCCCCAAAGUCCAAAGCGAUGACGACGUCACCUCAACAUAAUAAUGUGUCGUGCGAACUGCAAAUGAUGAGUCAUCAUUGUUGUGAUCGAGUUUGUGGCUAAUCUUUUUUGAGGCGCUAUAUUUGAUUUUCUUGACUUGACUUUUGUCACAUACACAACACAUGAUACACAAUCUGUCAAACCAAAAUUUCGCGUUCACAUUCGUUCUCUAAGAAAAUAAUGAAUUAUUCGUUUGGGAUACAUCGUGUGUAAUAUCAUAUGAUUAUUUGGUAAUCUAUGAAGAUUUCAUAACGUCAACAAACAGUUGUGGAACUACGUAAAUUGCUGUGAAUUGUUUGUUUAUUGGAUUUUGUGUACGAACUGAUGACGAUGAAGCUAGAAAUAAGUGAUAGUCCCUCAAAUCAAUCAGACUUUUCCUGUGAUAGUCAAUCGUCACAAGGAUCUUCUACAAAUGACUACAUUUCCUCGAUCCCAACAUCAAGAUCGCUUCUUAUGUUGGCAAACCUCGAAGGACUCCAGUCAGGAGUCCCGACCCGCACGACGGCGACCAUCACCCCCACUCAGUUGCGGAACUUCGAGCAGACGUACAUCGAGUUGACCAACUGCCGAAGCGAACCAACCACUCACGUCGGCUUCGUACCACCUUCAGUCACGCACGCCAACAAUUACGGUAUUCUUAAUUCGGUGGGAUACUGUGAUUCGGGCCCGACGACCGCGCUGCACGUGUCGCCGGGCCCGCUCUCCGCUAGCGGCGACAGCAGCAGCAGCCCUGGUCUCCCGGCGCCGAAACGACGCAACAUGGGCGGUCGUAGACCGAACAAAGCACCGCAGGAACUAUCGCCCGAAGAGGAAGAACGAAGAAAGAUACGCCGCGAAAGGAACAAGAUGGCGGCCGCGCGGUGUCGCAAACGCAGACUCGAUCACACUAACGAACUGCAAGACGAGACCGAUAGAUUGGAGCAAAAGAGACAGUCGCUCCAAGAGGAAAUAAGAAAGUUAAACGCGGACCGGGAGCACCUUCAAACGAUAUUGCAGAACCAUAUGAUAACGUGCCGGCUCAGCGACCGCUCUUCGAGUCCGCCGGACGUGAAGCCCCUCCAGGAAGUUUACACGUAUCCGGACCCGGAGGACGGAGUUCGAGUCAAAACCGAAGUCAUAGACCCCACAGUCGACCCAGUAAUGCUGGGGUUGGAUAACAUUUUCACAACACCGUCGACCGAAAAAAGGAUAAUGCUGUCUUCGGCCAACCCUGGCGUGGUGACGAGUGGGGAUACGGUCACGUUGGAUACCCCGCCCGCUAUUUCUCGACCCAAUAGGCCUAAUUCACUACAAGUACCGCUCAGUCUCACACCUGCACAGAUACACAACAACAAAGUACUCGGGAACAGCAAAAUAGCCGGCAUCGAGAUCAGCACGCCUAGCAACGGCAUGUUUAACUACGAAAGCCUCAUGGACGGGGGCACGGGGUUGACCCCAGUGCUUCCCCACCCGCUAGGACACGCGCACGCGUACGUGGUCCCCCCGCGCCCCGCCCCGCCCGGCGCCGCCGACCCCCCCGAGCUGGUGUCGCUGUGACCCCCGACCCGGCUUAUCGAACUCUAGAGGACGUCCUCGCUCAUCGCGUGCUUUGUGUUUCUGACUAGGGCGGCGCACGCGUCGACCCGCGACCCGUGUACCGAAGCGAAUAUAGUAUAUAUAUAUAUUUUUUAUAUGAAGAAGUUGUAUCGCUGCAGUAGUAAUUGUAAUAAUAAUUGUGAUGUCGAUAAUAAAACAGAGUUUUAUUUGAAGCGUUUCAGGGAUGCGUUUUCGUGUUGUGCUAGUCCGGCGAGGCUGGAUUCGUUCGGUGCGUUUAUUUAUAUAAGUCAGUAAGGAUCUCUGUUACUGUUGAAUUUCUCGGCACAGUUUUAUCGUUUUGUCCUCGAAAUGUCUCGUCAUAAUAAAAACCUCGUGCCAUUACCGUUUCUGCAGUCAGAAUUUUAUUCAAUUAUAUACAUAAAUACAUACGUGUAGUUAACCGAACUAACAGCAAUAUUACUUAAAGAUUAUAUUGAUAAUAUAUUGAUUGUAAGUUAGCUCAAUGUUGAUGUGUAAUGUUUUACCGUUCCAUUGGAUAAGGUAUUGGUAUAGUAACGUUAUAUUAUAAUGUUAAACCUUUGUGAUACGUCCAGUGUUCGUGUCGCGGCCCAAUAUCCGCGGCCUCGCUCCCUACAUACUACUCAUGCCAUUACUCAUUACAUUUAUAAUAAUUAUGUAUACUGUACAUGCCUUAAUAAUGAACUGCAUUGGAAACAAAUAUGUAUUAACAAUCAUAAUAGUAUUAAUUAAAUGACAAGAAAAUUGUGGAAAAAAAAACGUAGGAAGAAAAAAAAAUUUACACAAUUUUGGCAUGAGACUAGAUUAUAUGAUUAUUGGUGAUGACCACUGGAAUAUAAUUAGUUUUAGGGCGUUAGCUUAAGAUCACUUAACAUUUUAAUUGUAAUAUGCAUAACUUAGACCAAAUUAUUAUUUUAUGUGCUUUAUUAUAGUUUAAAUUAAAAUCUAAGCCAAAUAUUGAUUUUAUGUCGUUAGUUUUUAGUUUUAGCCAUUUCCUUUAAAGUAUUAUUGCGUUGGCGGCAAAGAUGGCGGAAAGUAUUUAUUUUGUAUAAUAUGAGACAAAACGCUGAUCAUUUAAAAAAAGAAUGUACAGUGCAAUAAUUAAUAUUAUUAUUUACCUAGGCAAUUUACCCGUGGUUUUAUAAAUUUUAAGUAUAUUUAUAAAUUUAAAACUCAAUUAUUAAAGUAUUUUUAUGCAUAAUAUGAACAUUGUAGUUGAUAAAUAAAUUAUGAGAUGUAAUUUUUUUCUAGAACAUUUUUUGAUAAAGCAAUCUUAGUGUAACUUUUUGUAUUUUUUCAAGAAAAAUUAGCAAAGCAUUUUUGAAAAUAUAAUUGAAUUUGAAAGCGAGAAGUAGUGAAAUAAAAGUAUAUAUUAUAUAUAAAGGGAAAUAUAAAAUGUUUACACACACCUUA